UUAAGUUCCGAAUUAUAUCUUCGCACUUAUACAAAGUGCAAGUCAUAUGUUUAAAUCCAUUCAAGCGAAUCACACGAUCCACGUUAAUUUGUUGUUCACAUACAGCUAAUUUCAACGCUUCUUUAGUAGGCGGUUAUUCCGAUCAUCUUUUUCACAUGUAAAAUAAACUAGAAUUUUGUUAAAAGGUUCAUUCACUGAUACAGGUUCACUGUGAAUACCAGAACUAGUCACAGUACAAAUCAAACUUCGAUUUUCGUUCUUCAAUGAAGAAUCUUCAUAUAUAUACAUAAUACACAAAUCAAACUAAAGUGCAAUUGUUUCCUCCAAAUAGUGGCUUUGCCCACUCGUCACAGUGUAGGAGCGGGAUUCCCCAUCCAUAUGCCUACGGCAUAACACUGAAUAAGUUGUUACUUUAUGAAAAUUACAUGACAUGUCAAUUAUUGCAAAUAAAACACGUUCUCCUUCUCAGAAAGUAAGAAUAGCAUCCCCACCAAAAUGGUUGUUUGUACUCAACAACAACUGCGUUUUGUCAUCGCUACGAUAAAAAAAAACGAUUCAACCAGUUUAUGCUAAUGGUCUCACUGUCAGUUUGAUUUUGUUCUUUUAAGUAAAAUCGUCGUUUUGCGUAUUUAUUCUUAAUCUAGUGCUACAAAAUGAGUCUGCAGUUGAAUCGCUGGAUGAUCGCGAUGUUAUUUCUUCUGGCUAUGUGCAUUUAAUAUCCAAAUAAAUGUGGUGUAUUCUUACGAAAUAAAAUGUAGUAACGGUGCACGCAAGGACAGUUUAUCCUGUACUUUCAAUUAUGUUGCCGAUAAUAGAACAUUGGCAGCGGAUAUGCCAUCUGAUUUUCGUCCAUUCACAAAAUACAUCACUCAUUUAACGCUUGGCAUAGCGAAUUUAACCACACUCCCUAACGAUACGUUCGGCUUGCUGCCAAACUUAAAUUCGUUUUCGGCACGUGUUGACAUUCAAAAACUAAGCCAACGUCAAUUUAAGAAUGCAACAAAAUUAAUGAUCUUAAGUUUUGGCUUCAACAAUCGUCUCACCAAGCUGGAGUCGCAGCUCUUCAAACAUGCCCCCUCAUUGGAGUACAUUGACUUUGGUUUCAAUCAAAUCAACGAAAUCGAAGACAAAGCAUUUCGAGGCUUAAUCAACUUGAAAACACUAUUUCUGGAAGCAAAUUCAAUCACACAAAUCAGAAAUAAAACAUUCACCGGCACAAAAAAUUUGCAACGCUUGGAUCUUUCAAAGAAUCAAAUUAAUGAUAUUCAAACCGGUUCAUUUGUGCACAUGUCAAAAUUGAAAACCAUACAUUUGAAUCAAAAUCGCAUCGGUCGUCUACAAGCCGGCCUUUUCAGUGGGUUUCGAAUGAUUGAACGCAUCGAUUUGUCGGUGAAUGCAAUCAGUGAGGUAGAAGACGGUGUUUUUGAGGGUUUGACCACCUUAAAUAUUCUGGAGCUGGGUUUCAAUCGAUUAAUGACGCUUCCAGAAGGAUUUUUGAAUGGUGUUCCCAAUUUAGUCUCAUUGUUUUUGGCCCAGAAUCAAAUCGAAGAAAUUCAUCCGGACUUAGGAAACUUGACAAAACUCACCGUUUUAGACUUGUCAUAUAAUCCCAUUCUUCACAUGGAUCCAGAGGUCCUCUUCGGAUUGGACAAAUUGGAAAGUCUUGAAACUCGUGGCUGUAAUUUAACACAAUUGGAUCCAGAUGUUUUUAUAAAUCAACAGGCUCUCGAAACACUUGAUCUCUCUGAGAAUAACAUAACCACAGUCGAAUGGAAUAUAUUUCUACCAUUGGAACGGCUAAAGUUCUUGAAACUCGAAGCAAAUCAUAUAGCCGAAAUAGAAAAUUACACCAACAUUAAGGCAUUUUUGCCAAAUUUAGAGUUCAUCAACCUGUCAAGGAAUGAAAUCGAUUGUGACACUGUCGCCGAAAUGAUCGACUACUUCAAAAACAAUACAAUCGAAUAUGAAUGGGGAGAAGAAGUCGAUGUUGGAUGCCAACUUUUGCCAUUAAGAAGUCGAGCGAUUCAAGCGUAUCAACUUUCAAAUGCCAAAUUCAACGCAGAAGCCCUUAGACUAAUAAAUUUGUUCAAAUAAAAUAGAUUUUCAAAACGAA